AUGAACUUUGCUGCUAAUAAGAUUCUCCUUGCAACACUAGAAAUGGCCUGCAUUUCACAUAAUCUUGGAGCUUCAAUGAAGUUAGGUCAUCUUCCUGUAUCAAAUCAGAGACAGUUUCCAAACAAAAUUUCCCAACUCUUCUUCCUACAAACCAACAAUUUGAAAUCAUCAAAAACUUUUCAUUCCCAAAACAAUUCCUACUGUUUAAACCGCUUCAAAUCCUACACCACCAUUUUCAACAGCAUUUCUUCAGAUCAUCUACAAGAAAGAGUGACGGUAUUGGUGAUUGGUGGUGGAGGAAGAGAACACUCACUUUGUUACGCCUUGAAACGCUCUCAAUCCUGUGAUGCUGUCUUCUGUGCCCCUGGAAAUGCUGGCAUUUCAAACUCAGGGGAUGCCACGUGUAUUGAAGAUCUUGAUAUCUUCGAUAGUGAAGCUGUGAUAGCUUUUUGUAGAAAGUGGGGUGUUGGACUUGUGGUGGUGGGUCCCGAAGCUCCUUUAGUUGCAGGUCUUACAAAUGACCUUCUUAAAGCUGGCAUACACGCUUUUGGCCCUUCAUCAGAAGCCGCUGCUUUGGAAGGUUCCAAGAAUUUCAUGAAGACUUUAUGUGAUAAAUACGGAAUUCCAACUGCCAAGUAUGCAACAUUUAAGGACCCAUUAGCUGCAAAAACAUACAUAAAAGAACAAGGUGCUCCAAUUGUGGUGAAAGCAGAUGGGCUAGCAGCAGGGAAAGGAGUGAUUGUAGCCAUGACACUACACGAAGCAUUCCAAGCAGUAGACUCAAUUCUUGUCUCAGGGUCAUUUGGGGACGCGGGUUCUUCCAUAAUUGUGGAAGAGUUUCUAGAAGGUGAAGAAGCCUCUUUUUUUGCUAUUGUUGAUGGUGAGAAUGCCUUACCUUUAGAAUCCGCCCAAGAUCAUAAACGGGUUGGUGAUGCGGACACGGGUCCAAACACAGGUGGCAUGGGCGCAUAUUGUCCUGCACCCGUUUUGACUCAAGAACUUCAAUCUUUGGUUAUGGAGUCCAUCAUUCUUCCUACUGUUAAAGGGAUGUCAAAAGAGGGGUGUAAGUUUGUUGGGGUUCUUUAUGCUGGACUCAUGAUUGAAAAAAAAUCCGGAUUACCGAAAUUAAUCGAGUAUAAUGUCCGAUUUGGAGAUCCUGAAUGCCAGGUGUUGAUGGUUCGUUUGGAGUCGGAUUUAGCACAAGUUUUGCUGGCAGCCUGUAAAGGGGAACUAAACUCGGUGAGUUUGGAGUGGGCCCACGGGUCAGCCAUGGUGGUGGUGAUGGCCAGCAAUGGAUACCCUGGAAGCUAUGUAAAGGGAACCAAGAUUCGGAAUCUUGAAGAUGCUGAGGUGGCGGCUCCUGGCGUUAAGAUAUUUCAUGCGGGGACAGCUGUCGAUGCGGAGGGGGAUUACGUGGCGACAGGUGGCAGGGUUUUGGGUGUGACAGCAAAAGGGAAAGAUCUUGAAGAAGCAAGAGAGAGAGCUUAUCGAGCUGUUGAAGAGAUUAAAUGGGAAGGAGGGUUUUAUAGGAAAGAUAUUGGGUGGAGAGCACUUCCUUUGAAACAAUUUUCCUCAAAAUAAGUUUUGAAAGUAUUUUUUAUGGAUGAUUUGUUUCAACAUUCCUUCCUGAAACCCUUUGAAUUUAAUUCCUAUGAUUUUUCUCGUUAGUGAAGUUACACAAGUAGAAGGUUAAUCUAUUAUUAAAUUUGAAAUAUAUAUUAUUUAAAUUUUGUG